CUACACCUUAACUAUAUAACCACAUCUCCACCUACACCUUAACUAUAUAACUAUAUAACCACGUCUCUACCUACACCUUAACUAUAUAACCACGUCUCUACCUACACCUUAACUAUAUAACCACGUCUCUACCUACACCUUAACUAUAUAACUAUAUAACCACGUCUCUACCUACACCUUAACUAUAUAACCACGUCUCUACCUUCUACCUACACCUUAACUAUAUAACCACGUCUCUACCUACUCCUUAACUACAUAACCACGUCUCUACACAUCAAGUCUGCCAUCCCUCACCCUGUCAUCAUGGGAGUCAUCAGAGAGUGUGGAGGUAAAAUGCAUUUGAGAGAAGGGGAGUUUGAGAAGGCUCACACAGACUUCUUCGAGGCGUUUAAGAACUACGAUGAAUCAGGAAGUCCUCGACGGACCACCUGUCUAAAGUACCUGGUGUUGGCCAACAUGCUGAUGAAGUCUGGAAUCAACCCCUUUGACUCACAGGAGGCUAAACCCUAUAAAAAUGAUCCAGACAUCCUCGCAAUGACUAACUUGGUCAGUUCCUACCAGAACAAUGACAUCACAGAGUUUGAGAAGAUCCUGAAGACCAAUCACAGUAACAUAAUGGAUGAUCCGUUCAUAAGAGAACAUAUAGAAGAGUUAUUACGAAAUAUAAGGACGCAAGUGCUUAUCAAAUUAAUCAAGCCUUACACGAGAAUUCACAUACCUUUUAUUUCCAAGGAAUUAAACAUCUAUGUCUGCGACGUGGAAAGCCUGCUAGUUCAAUGCAUUCUCGAUGGCACGAUCAACGGACGCAUCGACCAAGUCAACCAACUGUUGGAGUUGGAUCACCAGAAGAGGAACGGAGCCCGAUACAUGGCUUUAGAUAAAUGGACGAAUCAGCUGAAUACUCUCAACCAGGCCAUCGUCAGCAAACUGGCCUAAUCAGUAGUGUAACUGAAAAAGUUACUAAUUCGAUGUUGGGGGAGGGGUAUAUCAACAUGAGUAGUGAGUUAACCCAAUUCGCCUCAUUUACCGUAGCAGUAAGCUUCCUUUUCAAGAUGACAGUAAUAAACUGCUGAUCUCCACAGCUUCCAAUAUCUAACUUACAGUCACUUCCUGUUAUGUAACGGAUCAUUUAAAGGUAGAAGUCAGAGGUGCCAGUUGCCCAGCUUGUGUUUGUUGGCCUCGGUCCACUCUACUGGUCACAGAUUAAUAGUUCUGAACUAAGGAGCUCAAUCAGUGUUUUUUUUUUUUUUUAGGAGUCAAACUCCUCUUAAUCUGUGGGAAACCGGUCCCUAAGUGUCCCAAAACCAACAGAGAGAAGACUGUAAAAUCCAUUUGCUAUCGUGAAACAUGUCCGCUCUGCCACAGUAUUGCACCCCUUCUAAUGAAAUGUGAAUACGCAAAUGUAUUGAAGCACUAAUGAUGGUGAGCGGGGACAACGUUUCAUGUCAAAAUCGGCAAUGACUUUUUCUGCAAGAUGUCCAGUGAUCGCUGUACAGUCUUUCAUAAAAGGGAGCUCCAGAUUUCAUGUGGUACAUUGUUGGGACACUGUUUAAAAACACAUUUUAUCUUUUGUUUUGUUACGGAAAUAAAAAGGUAAUUGUUGCUUCACUCUAACUUUUUGUUAUUUUUUUUAUAUAUAUUUUUUUUACAAAUCAUGUAGAGCCAGUCGGUGACUGAUCUGUCAGCAACAACCAGGGGUGUAAUGGUGACGUGGGCAUAUCCUAAUUUUGCCAAAAAUGUCCCAAGCCCGUCUGCCCGGCGAAGGAUUAUUUAUUUUCUUUUUGACAAGCAGUGACAUACAGUAUGUUCGGAAAGUAUUCAGACCCCUUGACUUUCUUCACAGUUUGUUACCUUACAGCCUUAUUCUAAAAUUGAUUAAAUCAUUUUUUAACUCAUCAAUCUACACACAAUAAUGACAGAUUUGUAUAAUUCUUUUUUAGAAUUACAAAAAUAAUAAUAAUAACUGCAAUAACUGCAGACCCUUUACUCAGUACUUUGUUGAAGCACCUUUGUCAGCGAUUACAGCCUCGAGUCUUCUUUGGUAUGACGCUACAAGCUUGGCACACCUGUAGUCCAGGUGCGACACAACUUGGGCCUGUAGGACCUGCCUUGAUGAUAGUGUUGUUAAGAAGGUAGAAACUAUGGCCUGUAGGACCUGCCUUGUUGAUAGUUUCUACCUUCUUAACAACACUAUC